GGAAGUGGGAGAGCGGCGGCUGCGUACUGCGCGCGCCCCGGGGACUUUGCCUCCAGCGUGUCUUGUGCGGCUCCCGGCCCCCGGCUCCCCUGCUAGCCACUCGGCCUGCUGCCACGGCCGCUGGGUGGGCCGCUGACUUGGGACACCCACAAAGCCGGAAGCAAGUUGGAGCCCUGCCAGGCCGCCUGUGCCAUGGAUUCUAAGGUCAGCAGUGGUUCAGGCCUCCAGGAUGAGCGCAUCACAAACUUGCUGGUGUUUGGCUUCCUCCAAAACUGCUCCAACUGUAAUUUCCACAAAGAGUUGGAGGUGCUGGGCCGUGACCUGCCCGUGCCGGCUUACCUGCAGGGGGACCAUGACGAUGGGCUGCAGACAGAUGGCAACCGCUGUACCUACUUCCUGGCAGGUGGGGAGAGAGAUUCUCAGGGUCAAGAAGAAAUCAUCCAGGAUAUCGCCAGGCAGCUCGCCGUAAUAGGGGACAAGAUGGAUCGCAGCAUCCACCCAGGACUGGUGAAUAACCUGGCAAUGCGGUUUAUGAAUGUGAACCUAUCGGAAGAAGACAGAAGGAGGUACCUCGCCACUGCACUGGAGCGGAUCAUGCAGACUUACCCUACGGACAUGGAGGAGGAGAAGACCAUGCUGAUGUUGGCCAUGCUCUUGGCCAAAAAGGUGGCCAAUCACACACCAUCCUUACUCCGUGAUGUCUUUCGCACAACAGUGAACUUUAUUAACCAGAACCUAUUCACCUAUGUGAGGAACUUAGCCAGAAAUGAGAUGGACUGAGUGGACACCUCUGCCAAAGCAUGACUGGUUAAAACUUGAUAUGGUGACAACAGUACAGCUGCCUCCAGCUGAGACGGAGCCACGGCAAUUUAAACAAAGUUCUUAGAAAAGACAGGCGUGAGAUAAUAGCUAUUUAUUUCUCUUUUAAAGAUGAUAUUUUAAGCCGGUGAUCCGUUUAGACAUCUUUACAUUAACGUACUUGAAUGAAAAUGUCAACUUGCACAUAUUUGAGUUUCAUACCAUCUUCUAAAUCUACUACACAUUGUGCCCUUAUCUUAUUUCUUUUGUACUUCACUUGAAAAUUAAAUUUAAGAACAGAUUGUAAGGCAGAAGAAAAAAACAAUGUUUUUCUGUUUAAAAAAAACCCCAACUUUACUGUUUAUUAAAGUGCAACCUUGGGGCAUGGUCUUACAGCAGGCAAGAUCGUGUUUGAGGAGAGCAAGGACUGGAGACGGAUGCACAUACCCUCACAAAUGAAAAACUCCUUUCAAAAUAGGGAACAUAAAAACCAAACAGUACAAGAGGUUCUGGACUAAAGUUCUCUACUCAAUGGGAAAAUCAGGCCUCAGAACAUGCGAUUUUUUUUUUUUCAACUUGAUUUCCUUUUAUUGAGUCAGGGAGAACCAUAGGCAAUUAAAAGGUGUGGUGGGAUUUAAGGGCCCAAGUCAACCGCAGUUUCCAAAAUCAGGUAACUCAAUGCAUUUUUUUCUCUUUCCAAGAAGUCAGAGCUUUAAUAAAAAUGUUAGCCUGAUGGAAUACCAGAGGCUAUUGCAUACAUCCCAUGGGGAAAUAGGUUAAUAAUCUUACGUAUUCAUUUGCCUCCCGUAUUCCUCAGCUGAUCUUGCCCAAAAGCUACAUCUAAAGAAAACAGGUUUUCUAGGCAUAAAAGAUGAAAGAACAGUUAGAUUUUUAAAAAUUCAACGCUUGAGGUGGUUCCCUUUCUUAGGGACACAGAAUGCAAGUAAUACCAAAAUAAGUCAUUUGGGAAGUGCCAGAAUAAACCAGGGAGAGCUUACAUUUAGAAAGAGUGCAACAGGGGCGCCUGGGUGGCUCAGACAUUAAGCGUCAGCUCAGGUCGUGAUCCCAGGGAUCAAGCCCUGCUUCGGGCUCCCUGCUCAGCGGGAAGCCUGCUUCUCCCUUUGCCACUCCCCCUGCUUGUGUUCCCUUUCUCGCUAGCUCCCUCUCUGUCAAAUAAAAUCUUAAAAAACAAAAAACAGUGCAACACUGGUCUCUUGUUCCCGGCAAUAAGUGUUUCCUAGCAUUCUGUUUAAAAGUAUGAUGGCAGAUGCUGGGUUCACAUCACACAUGGUACUGUUUCACUUAACCAGUAGUACUGUUGUUACUGUGAGUAUGACACUUUCUUGUUACCAAAACACUUUUCUGUUCCUUGGGAGUUUAAUCAGAAAGGAAAAAUGAGGGAUCCCUGGGUGGCUCAUUCGGUUAAACGUCUGCCUUCAGCUCAGGUCAUGAUCCCAGGGUUUUGGGAUCAAGCCCUGCAUAGGGCUCCCUGCUCAGUGGGGAGUCUGCUUCUCCCUCUCACUCUCCCUCUGUUCUCUCACUCUCUCUCAAACAAAAUCUUAAAAAAAAAAAAAAUGCAUUGUUCAGCAUUAAAUACAUACUGUACUAGGGCUGGAUCACAACCUGGUUAUCUGCAAUAUGUUUUAGAUACUAAAAGCUGUGCAGUAUGAAGACCACCAUUUGGAAAUCUUCCAGUAAUACUGUUAUGUUUUGAACUUUUUUUUUUUGGAAGGAUUCAUAGUACGGUGGACAGAAAUCUGGACAGAAAUCGAAUCACACAUACAUACUCAUCCACACAUGUAUCAAAGUGUUCAAUCAGAUUCUCACUAGGGAGAGGAGAUACUUUCUUCUAAAAGGAACAAUUUAAAUACAAAUAGUCAACGCUAAUGGAAGAGAAAAGGGCUCUAAAACAACAAAUAAUCCCAGAUUCUCAUAAUACAACUUUUCACAGCACCUUCACCUGCCAUUGUUUUGCUUAACAGUAGGCCACCAUUUUAAUGCAGCUUAUAUACACAUUUUGGUGUACAUUUUUUUUCAGGCCAAGUUAGACUUUCUCUGCCAUAAAGCAAAAUGAUCACCUCUUGUUCCCAAGCCAGCAUCAUGAAGAGUCAGUCCACUGUAUCAAAAACAAGUGUUCCAGUCUUGGGCAUAUCCCAGCCACAAGACUCAGGCAUAUCCUGGAAGCUGGUGGAUUUUACGCUGGGAACAUAAUCCUCAUGGAUAUGAUUGAAAAUUUUUAAUUCAAUGUGUUUCAUCCUGGUUUUUUAAAUAUUUGAAUUAAGUGAUGGAAAUUCCUUGGUUAAAGAGAAACAGCUUUCUUCUCCAGGAUGUGCUUGGCACAUCUGAAAGUCAGAUGGACUAUGUGGUCUAUUCAGAAGGUUAAAUCAUUCCUGAUCUCACCAUGCAGGAUCCAGCACGGACUACGGAGAUGCUUGGGACUGCCUUAAAGGGUCACAGCGCCAGAGUGUGCUUUUAUUUCCUAACAAUUUAAUUGCUGACUGGAAACUUGAAUAGGGAGUGUCCUUUGGAUGUUACGAUCAUGUUUUCAGAACCUGAGGGCAAAGCAAGUGAGUGUGUACUUACGAAGACCACAAGAUUAUCUGAAAUGAUCCCUCCGAAGUCAAGGGCAUAAGGUUACCAUAUGAAUAGAAAGGAGUCCAUCAAUUAUCUUCAGAUCUCACUUUAUUUCAACUUCCAAUGUGUUCUCCCCAACACACUGCUUCUAACAGAAAGCACAAUUCAUAGAUUUGAAUUUUGUUCCUUUUCCCUGAUGAAGAGUAGACCUGGACAAAAGGCAGAUUACCAGGAGGGAAAAGGAGGAGCGAGAAUAACCCACAUAAAUGAGCAAAUCAGAGCUGUUAGGAGAGCUAAUGGAAAUUUAUACAGAAAAAUACAUGCAUUUAAGUGAAAUGCUUAUGUUAAUUACCAAAAUUACCAUUUAAUUCCAGUAAUUUUGAGGAGAUGAGAACAUUAGAACCAAUAAUAAAUUGAACUCGGUCAAGGAACGAGGUAGGAAGAGGCACUUUUAAUGUGGAGGAAAAGAAAUGGAAGACUAGGUAAGACAGCAGGAAAAACACGGGUCUAGGAAAAAUAUUCUAUCUUUUCCUUUGGUGCUGGCCAAGGACCAAUCUAUGUAAUACGAUUGUCUUGCUAGAAACCAGGAACCAGUUAUUCCAGACUCUGUAAUAGGAAAAAUUAUACUUCAACUUCCUUUUAUUCCUGAAACAAACUUAGCCAGUUUCUCCUAGUGGUGCAAAGAACACUCACUGAGCAACAUUACUAUAAAAUUUCCCCUAAGAAGGUGAGAAGGGGGCAAGGAUCACCUUAAGCCAGCUGCUACUUUUUAACUUAUUACAAGGCCUUGCAAAUAUCCCUGAGAACAUUUCCAACCUGAGCGUGCGUGCGAUUGGAGCAGCUGCCUGGCUAGAGCUAUUGCAGUGUAAACAUAAACAUGUAGAGAACACUACUGGUUUUAAUUCACAGGAACAUGGCAAGCCAGACAGAGGCUAGUCUUGUGUAAAGAAAAGGAAGACAGGAUGUAUUAAUAUUUUAGUUACACGACCAUUUCCACUCUGUGGAGCUGUGUAUAUGAGGUAACGAAGAAAUAGUGGCUAAAUUUUAAGAAAUGGGUGUUCUAUAGCCAAGGCUACUACCAACUUUACAUUCCCCAGUGUGUUGUGGAAUAGAACAGAAGAUUUUUCACUGGAAAGUCACCUAGUGUCAGCUUCUGAGCAAGAUGUGCCUGUGGGGGUGCCUGACCAGCUCACUUGAGUUGGUGACGUUGAGAGGCCAAGCAACACCUAGAAGUACCCCACUUCACAACUCAUGGCAUGGGCAGGGGAAAAGGAAAAUAAUGAACAGACUAGGGGAGAGAAAGUGUCAAGGUGCUGCCUUCAAAUCAUUUGGAGAUUCCUGUGUCAGACUGCCCUAACCCUAACCCUUGUUUACAAGCAGAAAGACGUACUAUCUGACACAUUAGCUGAAGAUGCUAAUGAAAGAUGUGUACCGGGGCGCCUGGGUGCUCAGUUGUUAAUCAUCUGCCUUCAGCUCAGGUCAUGAUCCCAGGGUCCUGGGAUCAAGCCCCGAAUCGGGCUCCCUGCCCUGCGGGAAGCCUGCUUCUCCCUCUCCCACUCCCCCUGCUUGUGUUCCCUCUCUCGCUGUAUCUCUGUCAAAUAAAUAAAAUCUUUGGAAAAAAAAAAAAAGAAAAAGAUCUGUACCAGCAGUAACCUAUAAUUCUUUAGCCAUAAGGCACCUCAUUCAGUAUUUAAGGGGAAAACAUCUGGUAGAAUCAGAAGUUGGGAAUAACCCUGGACAUAACCUUCGAACAUGCUCAGUACUUAGGACUAGACCAUAUGGAACCAUCGUACAAAUCAAGAAAAAUCUCCCUUCAGUUGGGUGAGCUUGGCCGCCCUAGUGCAGUGUAUGAUUGGCACAACCAUUUGUAGGGAGCCUACCAAUCCUGCUUGGCAGGGUCACAAAAAUGGUAAAAACUGAGAAAAGCACUAGACUUGGAGUCAGAAAAAUUAUCACCCUUGCCUUUGCCUCUCCUAUGCUAGAAGACCUUUGAAAAGUCAUUAAACUCUCAGGUUUCUUCAUUCUGUAAACUGGGGAUAAGGAAUACAAAUAUGAAUUACAACUGUGAAGAUGGACUAAGGUAUGUAAGGGCGCUCUAGGACAAUCCCUGGCAAGCUAAAUGUUCAACUAUUUGUUAAAAUGACCCACAUUUUUUAAGGAAAAAGAUAUUCUAAUACAGAAAAAAAUAUGCACCCUAAACUCAAACCCAUCUCACAGUUGAACCUCCUAAGUGAUGAAUGGAGUAACAGGAGGAGGUUAUCACUAAUGGCAGAUCUCAGUCCUCCAGAGAAGAAACCUUCUAGUACUGUGUUGCUGAGACUUUAAAAUGAAAUAGGGUAGCGCCCCCUUAUCCUCGUCAGUGGAUGCCUGAAACUGUGGAUAGUACUGAGCCCUCUAUAUGAUUUUUCCUCUACGUCCAUCCCUGUGGUAAAGUUUAAUUUAUAAAUUAGGCACGGUAGAGAUUAAAACAAUAAAAUAGAAUAAUUAUAAUAAUAUACUGUAAUGAGUUAUGUGAAUGUGGUCUCUCCCUCUCAGAAUAUCUUCUUGUACUGAUACUCACCCUCGUCAUGAUGUAAGAUGCUAAGGUGCCUAUGUGAUGAGAUGAAGGGAGGUGAAUGACCAGGCACUGUGACGAGGCAUUAGGCUACUACCGACCUUCUGAGGAUCCAUCAGAAAGAGGACCAUCUGCUUCUGGACCGCGGCGCACCGCGGGUAACUGAGCCACAGGAAAUGAAGCUGCAGACAAAGGGACUACUGUCAUGCUUGUGAGGAAAUU